AAACACAUCAAACUGAUAUACGUACGUCAGAAGAAAUCCAAAACUUGAAAGAACAUGCAAUGAAGGAAGCUGCUGAUAUAUUAAAAGAAGCUCAGAAACAAAAAGACGAAGAAUUUCAACACAUGAAAGAACAGUUAAAAAAGGCAGAAAAGGAACUUCAACUGUUACGACGGCUGAGAACAGCCUUUCAGAGAAACAAAAGUUUGAAGGAAAAGAAAGAGUCACUUGAACUCGUGUGGCGAUUAGGUAUUCGUGUUGUUACACCUCCGGGAGAUUCAGCCAGUGAAGUCAUUCAACGUGUAUAUGGGUUUAUACAAUUUGCUGUAAAAAGUAACAGAAGCUUAGGAGAGGAAUCCACCGCGCCUAGUAUUCACACCUACAAGAAAACUUUUAAAUCAGUUAAGCAGAUUCUUGGAAAGAUAAUCGUCUCUCAAGACACUAAACUGGAAGUGCUGCAAUGCAAGCCUGGUGUGUCCUUCAAAAUACAGUGCAUUACUACAAAAGACUUUGAGCAACGUCUCACAAUAUUCCAUGGGAUUCAUUUCCAGGAAGCCGUAGCAAAUUUACGAAAAUGUUUAGAAAUGGAAGACGAUCAGAAACGGAAAUAUGAAGUCACAUCCUUUUGUUCCUCUCAAACUUUGAAAGAUAUAAAAAAACAGCUGUCUGACCAUGGUGUAUUAAAAGGUUCAUCUUCUGACAUCAAAUGUGAAAGACAUGACAGUAUGCAGUGUUCAUGGUAUUGCGGAGAACAUGAUUUAUUUUUCUGCAAGUCGUGUAAGGAAAAGAACCAUAGGUCAUGCUUUGGACUAAAGAAAAUCGAGGAACGAAAAAAGAUAAGAGAACUUAAAUUAAACAGAUGCAAUUUACAACCCCAAAAUUUGGAUUUGAAAUCUCCUUUAUUUGCACGCUACCAAUGGUUAUGUUCUCAUUGGUAGCAGGCAUACGAAAGAUCUGCUGAUACUUGAAAGCUCGCACUAUCCAAUCAGUCGUUGCAUUCUGCCCUCCAGUCCAUCCGGCGUGUGUUAUGUAGGCAACAGUAUUGCCGCUGCGGUUUGUGAAAACAAAAUUGUGUUUAUGGAUGUCACAUCUGAAAGGGUAUCGCAUGCAUCAUUACUUCCAAGCAAUUUUAUGGACAGCAUAAUUUGUCAUGGGGAUAGGAUAUACAUAUGUGAUGGAGAGUCUCUGUAUACAUGUAACACAGAUGGCAGUGAUCUACGCACUCUCUGUUGUAUGAUAAAUGAAUCGGAAAGGACGAUGAAUAUUUUACCAAAUCGGGAAAACAUAUUUACCAGUGUUGCACUUAGUGAUAAUGGGGAGUCUAUUUACAUUAUAAAUCAGUGCUCACUGUAUAUAAUUCAAAGCAAUGGUGUUUUUCGGCAUACUAAAGAUAUUAGAGAUAUCGUCGGUAUAUGUUGUCUUGGUAACAGUUUAGUGAUUUUGUGUGACAGAUAUGGCAUUGUUCAACAACUUAAUUGCAAAGGUGAAAAGUUCAGAGGUCUUUUUCAAAUAGGUGGUUCUAACAUUAUUGUGACGUCAUUGUGCUGUGAUGGGAUUCUCUCUAGGCUUUUUGUUGGUUGUGGAGAGGAUUUAUUUGUGUAUGACGUAGAGUAGACAGAAUACGAUGCAAGUGCUUAUUAUCUAUAACCAAUAGUUGUUUAACCAAUCGAAUAUUGCUCUGUAUGGGAUAUAUUUCUGAAAGCGUACUCCCUUAAAAAGAAACUUUAAUUAUAGUAAUAAAUAGAUCUUUGAUUGUGUGCGCGUCCGCUUGCUGGUUUUGCGCUUGGGGAGGCUGCGUUUUUAGAACAUGGCUUUCCCUGUUGAAUAUUCUUCCUUUUUCCAAAUAUGUCAAUAAACGAAAUUUAGAACACACAAAUGUGAAAAAUGUUUUAAUUGCAUUUCGAUAAUUUUGAUACAAUUGCGGCACUAAAUUCGACGUAUUACCAGAAGUACUAAACCAAUGUGUGUAAAACAAAGGUAUAUUUCAACUUCAGGAAACGAUGCAGUUAGUGCUGCUUUGUUGUUAAAAGAAUCAUUAAGUUUUUGAUAUAUCGUUUUUAGCCUCUCCUUAUCACUUAAUAAGAAACAAUAUUCUUGACACUAUCAUAUUAAACAGUUGGAGAGGACAAUUGCAACGUCGUCCAGUUUCGUAGCUGAUGGAAAAUAUUUUACGUGUCAUGUGUUAUUGCGAGAGUCAUAAUGGUUUGAAUUUCUUAGAAUGCCUAUUUAUUCAUGUAAGCACAAUCAAGUCUUCAUGCGUAAGAAAAUGGACAUGUGUUUGGUUAAAAUUUAAUGUACAGUGAGAAGCAAGUUGUUCAAAGGCCAAAUUGUCUUUAAAUGAUUAUGACACAAACAACUGUGGAAAUUAUUACCUUAAAGGAUACAUUUUAGCUGUUUAAUUUUUGUUUUUCUUUUGUUAAAUCCACUGAAACAGUUCAAUGUUAUGAAAAGAAAAACAAAUAUGGCGAAGCACUAUAAAUAAUCAAGAAAUCAUGUUCUGUGUCUGUGGCCGUGUAAAAAAUAUUUGCAAAUAAUGUAGAAUCAUUAUGUUAUGUAAAUGUUGUAUGUAAAUUAGAACUAGUUAUCAGUCGCCAGGUGGAAAUGGCGGUUAUAUUUGAUAAACUGACAGGUUUUUUUUCUCAUGGUUGAAAAAUCUCUAACCAAGAAGGAUGUGAAACGCUGCAAGAUAACACAUUACAAGAUUACAUUGUGAUUUAUGAUUCUUUUCAAUAUGAAUCAAUAAUAAUUAAAGUUUAUAAUGUUCAAAAUAUAUAAAGUUCUGUCUUUAAAUACCACAAUAAAACAAAACGUGUGCUUCAGGGCUUGAAGUACUGUUUUAUCCAUCUUUUCCGCAACAAGAGAUUCUAUGAUUUCACUUUGAAAAUCAGACAUAUAAAUUAUUAUGCAUCAUAAUAGUAAACCCCAAGAUUAUUUAAUACGUAUUUAAACUUCAUGACGUAUCUAUUACAAUCAGGAUAGCUUCUGGAUCAAAGCAAACUAUGGCCAGAAUUUUCAAGGAAACCCUGUUAAGGAUUUGGUGAAGGAAAUAGUAGUAGAUCUCAGAACGAGGCCUGUAGUGCAUCAUAAACGAUUAUAUGUACAGACAUCAUUUUAAAUAUUUCAAACCAUUUCAAUGAUUGGAAAACUUAUAUAGUCAUUUAGUAUAAUAUGAUUUCCUACCAAAUAUUUGAAAAUAUUUAGAUUUUAUAUUUAUUUAGCUAAAUGUGAACGUGUUUGUUUAUUUAAUAAAAAAGAUGA